AUGGUCAAGUGCAAGACUUAUACUACACAUAACCAGUUGUGUAAGUGGCAAAGAAAUGGCAUCAAGAAACCCUUUUCACAAAGAUACACAUCACUUAAAUGGGUGGAUCCCAAGUUCCUGAGGAACAUGCGUUUUGCCAAGAAACGCAACAAGAUGUUGGCCAACAGUGCCAAGGCUAUGAGUGCACAUGCUGAAGCUAUUCAGGCCAUUGUCAAGCCUAAGGAAGUUAAGCCCAUGAUCCCAAAGGGUGUCUGCCACAAGCUUGAUCAACUUGCCUAUAUUGUGCACCCCAAGCUUGGGAAGUGUGCUUGUGCCUGCAUUGCCAAGGGUCUUAGGCCAUCCAGGCCAAAGGCCAAGGCCCAGGCCCAAACCAAGCCUCAGGCCAAGGCCUAG